GUCCACUGUAUAUAAAAGAGACUUUUUUUGUUUUUUAUCUCUCUCUCCCCGUUGACAUCUCUUCAUCUUCUUUCUUGUCUUUAUGCAUUUUCGUACUUGUAAAUUUUCCCAUUUGGGAGGAAAUUUGGAAUAUUUAAGAUAAAAUCCAAAAAGUAGAAACAGAGAGAAGGAAACAGAGAGAAGGAAACAGAGUCAUCAGUUCCAAUUAUGGAAGAAGCAACAAAAGUGAGUUCUGAGGUCCCUGUAGUGAAAGAUGCGCCUGAGGAUUUUAAGACGGCCGAUGUUUCUGCUAAGGAUGUGUAUGGAGAAAUGAGAAAGGAAGAUAAAGUAAUGGAGAAAGAAGAGGAGGAUACUACAUUUGAUGGUGGAUUUGUAAAAGUUGAGAAAGAAGGGAUUCACACUAAGGAUGAAGAGAAAACAGAGAAGCAGGUUCCAAUCGAAAGAAGCUCAAGCAUUUCACAAAGAGAACAUCAUGAAUCGCAAGAAAAUUCGAAAGAACUGGAGCUUGAACUGGAAAAGGUAACGAUGCAGUUGAAACGGUAUGAAUCCGAGAAUACCCUUUUGAAAGACGAGCUUGUUUCUAAGAAUGUGAGACUAGGAGAAACCGAAAAGAAGCAUGAAGAGCUCGAACUUGUUAAACAGAAGCUGCAAGAGCAAAUCGCUGAAGGUGAAGAGAGAAAUAUAUCACAGUUGAAGUCUUCGGAAGAUUCUUUGCAGUUGCAUGAGAAGUUGACCAAAGUGUUGAAAGAAAAAGAAGUUCUUGAGACAUCUGUCGCAGAGAUCACUAGUAAUGCAGCAAAGACCAAGGAGUUCUGCGACGAACUUGAAGAGAAACUGAAGAUCUCAGAUGAAAAAUUCUCCAAAACAGAUGCUCUUCUAUCUCAAGCUUUGUCCAAAAACUCUGAUCUUGAGCAGAAAUUGAAAAAUCUGGAGGAAUUUUCUGAGGAAGUAUCUCAACUAAAAUCUGCUCUGAUAGUGGCUGAAGAGGAGGGAAAAAAUUCGUCUAGACAGAUGCAGGAAUACCAAGAACAGGUCACAAAACUGGAAUCGUCUUUGAACCAAUCAUCGGCGAGAAUCUCAGAGCUUGAAGAAGAUUUGGUAAUUGCUCUGCAGAAAGGUGCAGAGCAUGAAGAUCUUGGAAAUGCGAGUACUCAGCGCAGCGUUGAGCUAGAAGGUUUGCUCCAAGCAUCACAGUCAAAAUUAGAGAAAGCAGAGGAAAAAUUGAAAGACUUGGAAGCAUUCCAAGCGAAAAACUCUAGUCUCGAAGCUUCUUUAAGUGUAGCAAUGGAGAAAGAGAGGGACUUGUCAGAGAAUCUAAAUGCUGUGAUGAACGAGAAGAAAGUGUUGGAUGAUACAGUGAAUGGAUAUAGUGUGAAGGUAACUGAGUCUGAGAAUCUAUUAAGAGUUCUCAGUAGUGAAUUGGAUUUGGCACGAGGAAAAUUAGAGAGUAUUGGAAAUGAUAUGAAAUCUUCUGGAGUAAGGGAAAGUGAAGCGAUGGAGAAGCUGAAAUCCGCAGAAGAGAGACUUGAGAAGCAAGCAAGAGAAAUAAAUGAGGCUAUUACAAGAAGCAUAGAGCUGGAAGCUUUGCAUAAACACUCAGAGGUUAGAAUUCAAAAGACAAUGGAGGAAUUCAGUAGCAGAGAUACAGAGGCCAAGUCACUGGCUGAGAAAUCAAAAGAUCUCGAGGAGAGAAUAAGAUUAUAUGAAGAGAAGUUGGCUGAAGCAUCUGCUCACUCGUUUUCUUUGAAAGAAGAACUUGAAUUGUCGACACUGAAGAAUGAGUUCCUAGCAGAUACAAAUAACGAGCUCAAGAUCAAGAUUCAAGAACUUGAAGGAUUUCUGGAUUUUGAGAAGGAAACCGCAGCUAGACAGACUGAAGAAGCAACCAAGAGGUUUAAUCAGAGAGACAUAGAAGCUAAUGACUUGAUUACUAAGUUGAAAUCCCAUGAGAACCUAAUCGAGGAGCAUAAAAGGCAAGUUCUUGAAGCAUCUGGAGUUGCUGAUACAAGAAAAAUGGAGCUUGAAGAGGCUCUAUCUAAACUCAAGGCUUUCGAAGCUACAAUCAAAGAGCUUGAGAAAGAAAAUGGAUCUUUGGCUGAGGUAAAUUUAAAGCUGAACCAGAAACUAGCCGAUCAUGGUUCAGAGACCAGCGAUUUUCAGGCAAUGUUCUCUGCUUUAGAGGCUGAGAAAGACCAAACAGCAAAAGAGCUUCAGGCUUCAAAGACAACCAUAGAAGAAGUAACAAAUCAGCUUACUUCUGAAGGAGAAAGAUUACGAUCACAGAUGUCUUCCCUGGCAGAAGAAAAUAACCAAGUCAAUGAGAUAUAUCAGAGCACAAAGAAUGAACUCGUAAAGCUUCAAGAACAACUCCAAGUAGAGAAAACUAAGUCCGAUGCUAUGGUAUCUGAAAUCAAGAAUCUCAGUGCCGUGGCUGCUGAAAAGUUGGUGUUGGAGUCAAACUUUGAAGAAGUAGAAAAACAAUUGAAAAAAGCCGAAGCUCAGUUGAAAGAAGAGGUGGAAAAAGUUGCAGAAUUGACCUCAAAAUUGCAUGAGCAUGAUGAACAGAGAGAAGCGGUUUCUCAGAAGCAUUUGGAAUUGGAAGCUACUUUAAAGAAAUCACAAGAAGAGCUUGAAGCAAAGAAAAGUAAGAUCGUUCAUCUGGAGUCACUGGUCAAAGAUCUUGAACAGAAAGUGCAGCUUGCAGAUUCUAAAUCUAAGGAAACCGAAUCUAUGGCAAAAGAGGAAAUAGAAGUUAAAUCUCGAGACAUUGGGUUAUCUUUUUCAACUCCAAAGCAACAAAAGAGCAAGAAGAUGCCAGAUGCUUCUCCUUCGCUUUCGUCUUCUUCAGGAAAUGUUACGAUUCAGAAAGCUGAAACAUGGCAUCUCAUGACAUUGAAGACCGUCCUUGCAGUGGCUCUUGUGUCUGUCAUUAUAGGUAUCAUUCUUGGGAAAAAGUACUAAACUUUUAUGGUAUGAUUGUUCUUUUUAUAUAUGAAAGAUUUCUUGUGGUGGGGGGUUUAGCAGAACUUAACAAGAUUUGUUUGAUUGUUUCUGGGUCUAGUGCUUUUGUUUUCAUUUCUUGUUUGCCAAGCAAGGACUAAUGUUAUUGCAUUAUCAACACAAUCUGAUAAA